UCUUCCAUUUCAUUUUUAUUUCAUUCUUCUUCUUCAUAACCAACAGAACACACCAAAGUCCCCUUCUCUUUCUCCUUUUUUUUUUCUUUUGUCAACUUCUCUACACCAAUAUUAAUCAAUUCUUUUUUUGCCUUUUUUUCCCAUAUAAAUUAAACUUCACAAUAUUUUCUAAUUAUUUGGCUUGCAAUGGAAGAUCAUAAAGAGCAGAGGGCAGCACCAUGGCUAUCAGUGCCACAAUUUGGGGAUUGGGAUCAAAAAGGAGCAUUACCAGACUACUCAGUGGAUUUCUCAAAAAUAAGAGAGAAUAGGAAACAAAACAAGUCAAGAGCUAGUCUUGGAAAUGAGGAGGAUUUCAAUUCCAUAUCAAAUACAAGUAAUAAUAAUGUGAAUAAUACAAGUCAUUCAACCCAAAACAAUGAUCAAACUUACCAUCAUAAACACUCUACAACUCAUACAAGGAAAAGCAUUUUCAGUUGCUUCAAUUGCUGUGUGAAAGCUUGAAGAUUCUUGUGAUUGAUUUUGGUGUUCUAUGUAAUGAUAAAUGAACCAAUAUUUAUAUAAGUUGAUCUCAUUCCCCACAUUUUGAAGUUGUUAGAAAUAGGAAAUUAAUAUUCUUGUUUUUCUCACAUUUAGAUGAUCAACAAUAAUUGUGUGUUAAAGAAAUCAAGUGUUGAUGAUUGUUGCGUAUUGUCCAAAAUUUUAUCCUACAUUUUAUUUUUU